UAGAUCCUCCCCGGUGCCUAGCUGCCGAGUGACUCAGCCCUUUUAGUGUAGAGGCGUAGUCGCAUCGCGAUCUGAUUGGCUAAUGGAGGCCUGCAUCCAGAGUCCUAGAUCGUGGUGGGGGUCAGAGCUUCUAACAGCUCAGAUCUGACAUACAGAUGUACUACGUAUAUAUUACCAUAGGCUGUCUUUGAAACUGUUAGAUUUUACCAUCAGGCCUUUUUAUCUCUCUCUCAUCGACCAGAGGACUCUUUUCAAGGUUCUCUUCUCAUUCCGAAAUAUCUUCUUUCUUUUUUAGAAUUCAUACUUAUCAAAAUACCUUACAAUGGGUCGAGGAGUAAAGCGUGGUGGAAAGCGUGCUGCGCCUUCUGCUCGAACACGUGAAAAUGACCCCUCAGUCUUAGCUGCUCAGAAAGAAGCAGAGAGACGUGAACGAAUUCUCGCUGAUCGCCGCCGAACCGAGGCCAAGUGGCGUCCCAAGGUCCCCGAAGUCCGAAGACUCAACUUCGAGAGCUUCAAGAAUCGAUUCCAUGAUAUUGAAGAGCCCGACUAUGCCAUCGACGUCCUCAUGGGCGGGAACAACCUCCAAGCCCAGAUCCGACGUGAACAGGCGGCUCGACGCAAGGAAGAGCUUGCCCGCGUUCGCCAGAAGUACCUUCUCUCAUAUGGUGUUCCUCGCGAACACAUCUAUGUCCCGCGCCACAAGAACGAUGCUCAGGAGAGAGCCAGAAGGGAGAAGAGAGCUGAAGCUACACAGGCUGGUGAGACUGAGAUUCAACGCAUUCGAAUCCAGUCCCAGCCCGUUCUCGGUCAUCUUACUUCCCUGAUCAAGGACACUGAACAGAGGUCUACCCCUCGUACUUUCAUGAGGCCUUUCAAGGCCCUGGUCUACUUCCAGCCUAAGAUGAAGGAGAUUCUUGCUACUCUUGAGGAGAAGUGGGCUGACUAUGAGGAAUUGGAAGAGAUUGGAUCUGAGAAGAUCUCUGAGACCCCUGAGGAAGUAGAGAUCGUAGAGAAGGAGGAGGGCGCUGAGGAGAAGGACGCUGACGACGAGUCUGCAAACGAAGAUGAUGACGAUGACAAUGAAUCUCUUCUCUCCGUUGACUCCAAUGCCGAGGAUAUUGACUCCAUCAUGGAUAGCCCUGAAGCCCUCAGAGAUAUGCGAUGCUACGUCAACUUCAUUGACAAGGAGGUCAUGCCUCUCCAUGAGCGCUUCGAGGGAACGUCGGCUGACAAGGUCAAGUUCGACGACCUUUGGAGCUUGUUCCGGGUCGGCGACUUGAUCUACAUGCCGGCUGCAGGAGAGACUGCUGGCCGAUAUCAUGAGGUCUGGCGAAUUUACCGAACCGAGGUUCCUGAGCAGGAGGUGGCCUAUCCAUCUAAACUAGGAUGGGAGUUUUUCAGCGAUGAGCUGCAACAGGACAAGAAAGCAAGGUUUACCAUCUUCGCUUACUACAUUGACCAUGACGGUAGCUCGUUUGGUGCUGUGAGACAUAAGUUUGAGCUUGAGUCCUUCGCGGGCGAAAGACUCAUUGAGAGUCUUGAAGUAUUCCCAAUUCGCUACCGACAGGACCACCGAGUGGUUCUCGACUCGUUGAAGCAACAGGGUGAAGACUUCAAGAGAUUCUUGACCGAUCGACACCAGGCAUACAAUGCCUGGACAUUGACCCGAAACCCACCUUUCGACACAAGCGAUGCUGAUAAUGAGAUCCUGAACGACGAAAACCGGGAGAAGAUGCGACAUCCCGAGUUUGUUGAAAGUGACGUCAUCGUCGACCUGGCAGAGGCUUACCAGAAGAACCCGGAUUGGCGUCCCCUAUUCCAUCGUCUAACCGUCUCCAAAUCCAUCCGCUGUGAAGUCGAGGAUGACGAUAUGAACAUCCAGCAGUGGUUCGACGGUGCUCGCCAGAAUAUGGCCUACGCCCAGCGCGAAAUCGUCCAGAAAGAGGACGGUGUGGAAAUGUGGCAGCGUCGCGAGAACCUGAACGUGGACAUGUUCCUCCGCCAGCGCACCAAGGGAACUCGCACGUACGAGACGAACCCUAGCGCCUUAGAGCUACGCGAGGAAGAUCUCGUCCUUCUUCCCAAGCGAAUGUUCGCCUACGCGUUGCGCGAGCGAAGAUUCUUGCCAGUCAACACGCACUUCUUGAAGCCUAUCCGCCGAGAGGCGGGCGUAUUCGAGAACCUUAAGAUUCUCAAGGACUACAAGGACAUCGUCCGUGGUCUCGUGGCGUCCCACUUCCAGAAGAAGACCCUCGAGAGACGCUACGUCGACAUGUCGACCGAAGGUCCCAGCCAGGAUCUGAUCCAGAACAAGGGACGAGGUCUAGUUGUCCUGCUCCACGGUGUCCCUGGUGUGGGUAAGACCGCUACAGCCGAAGCAGUAGCCAUGGAGUACCGCAAGCCUCUAUUCGUUAUCACAUGUGGUGACUUAGGCCUCACGCCCUCUGAAGUCGAGUCCUCGCUCAGCAACGUCUUCCGUCUCGCGCACCUCUGGGACUGUGUCCUCCUCCUCGAUGAAGCCGACGUGUUCCUCUCACAGCGAUCCAAGAUUGACAUGAAGCGCAACGCUCUCGUGUCCGUCUUCCUGCGCGUGCUCGAGUACUACAACGGUCUGCUCUUCCUAACAACCAAUCGUGUGGGCACCAUCGACGAGGCGUUCAAGUCGCGUAUCCACAUGUCGCUAUACUACCCUCCUCUCGACAAACAGCAGACGCGCGACAUCUUCCGCCUCAACCUCGCCAAGCUACGCGAGAUCGAGUCUCAGCGACAUGCGAUGACGGGCGAGCCGUCGCUGUUGGUUAAGGACAGCGAGAUCAUCGACUUUGCCGGCAAGCACUACGAGGACAAUGCCCGCUCUACCGGAUGCUGGAACGGUCGACAGAUCCGAAACGCCUUCCAGAUCGCGUCGAGCUUGGCUCAUCAUAACUACACCAACGCUGUUGAGAUUGCCCGAAGCCGUGGCCAGCAGCCUCCUGCUGCGCCGGUGCUUGACCGCAGUCUCUUUGAGAAGGUGCAGAUGUCGACGCAGAGCUUCGAUCGCCAUAUGAAGGACUCUAAGGGUUUCGAUGGUGAUCUGCCUCUGAGGAACACCUUUUAUGAGGAGAACAAGUUCGAGUAAGGGAUCUGAUGUGGGUUUCAAGCGCGGAUUGGUUAGGUAGCGAAGACGCGGGCGCGUUAUGAUUUUUGACGAUCUUUUUGAGUUCUCUUGGAAUGCUGGUGAGCUCGGGGUUUUGCUUGAGUAUAUGUGGAGCGAUCUCCAUGCUUUUCUACUAGGAGCCUAGCGAUGGUUCAGUGGCAUAAUCAAUACAAUUUUUGCCAUGAUACGGAUGUGUGUUGAUGUUUCUUGGUGAUAAUCUGGAAUUAACUUCCCCGCGCGAUUG